AUGGCACCCCUCAAAAUUCUCAUCGUAGGCGGCGGCAUCGCAGGCCUCUCCGCGGCCGUAGGCCUCCGCCGCGCCGGCCACGAGGUCCACGUCUACGAGCGGUCCGCGCUCAACAACGAGAUCGGCGCCGCGAUCCACGUGUGUCCCAACGCCGCGCGCGCGCUCCUCGCCUGGGGCCUCGAUCCCGUGAAAGCCAAGUUCGUCCUCGUCAAGUGCAGUUUUCGCGCAAAGGGGGACACGCUCGAGAAGUUCCACGUCGGCACGGAGGAUUAUAUCGAGGAGCGGUACGGCGCGCCGUGGUACUUUGCGCACCGCGUCGAUUUGCACGAGGAGCUGAAGAGGUUGGCGACGGAGCCUGAGGGUCAUGUCAAUGGCAAUGGCGUUGAGGAGGCAAAUAGGACCGAGACGAAUGGUGUCAAUGGACAUGAGAAGUCGAGGGCUGGGUUAGGGCGGCCUGCGACUAUCCAUUUAAAGAGCGAGAUUGUGGCAUAUGAUCCCGAGGGAGCUUCGAUAACACUGGCUUCCGGCGAGAAAGUCACAGGCGACGUGGUGAUUGCGGCAGAUGGCGUCCACACCAUUGGAGUCGAGGCGAUCCUCGGCCGCUCUAACCCCGCGGUGCCUCAAGGGCACUACAACUUUUGCUUCCGUUUCCUCAUACCAGCUGCCGAUGUCGAGGCGGACCCGGUCACGCGCUUCUGGAACGAGGGCGACGAUGGGCGGAUGAAGUUCCUGGUUGGAGACAAGAAGCGUCUAGUCUCGUACCCUUGUCGAAACAAUGAGAUCCACAACUUUGUGGCCAUCUUCAACAACGACGAUAUUGAGAGUACCAAAAAGGAGGACUGGCACGCCUCUGUAAGCAAAGAAAAGCUGCUAGAGAGAUACUCCGAAUUCCACCCAAGCGUCUUGGCCAUUCUUGACAAGGCUACUGAGGUGAAGCAAUGGGCACUCCUCUACAGAGCCCCAAUCCCUACAUGGACGAAGGGGAAGUUGACGCUGGCUGGCGAUGCCGCGCACCCCAUGCUACCACACCAGGGCCAAGGCGGUGCGCAAGGUAUCGAAGACGGCGUGGCUCUCGGCAUCGCGCUGGCCGGCGCCGAGGUCAAAGAUGUUGAGUCUCGUCUGCAAGUGUAUGAGAGCAUUCGGAGAAACCGCGCCAGCGUGAUGCAGGUUUUCAGUAACGCUGGUCAAGAGGAGCCCGAGUUGAUACGGGAAGAGGCGGCCAAGUUCAUUCCCGCGGACAAAGUGCCUAAAAACCCGGAAGAGUUCUUUGCGUAUAACUUUGGGUACGAUAUCAUCAGGGAUAGCGUCCAGCAGGUGCAAAAGGUCGAGCCGUCGUUUAGCCUGCCGCCUAUGUUUUUCCAGAAUGAGCCAGGUAAAGGCGUCUAUCCCUGA